AUGUAUAAGGAAGAAUACAUGAACCUAAUGCACGAAAUGUUAGAGGACACAUCCACCUACAGUAAACUUGGUGGAGACCCAACCGAUAGAUUCCAACGAAAGGGAAAUGAGAUAGUAAAAGAGAUGGUUCUAUGUAAUGUUAUUGAUGAUGAUUCAGCUAAGAGUCUUAAAUCCCACAAUGCGGUCCCUCCUGAAUUAUAUGGGUUAAGAAAGACCCAUAAACUAACACCAACUAUGAGACCGGUAGUUAGCUGUGUAAAUUCACCAACAUACAACUUAUCAAAGUUCAUCCAGAACAUUUUAACACAGGUGUCAACAACUUCAGAAUAUAAUGUGAAAAACUCUUUCGUGUUUGCGGAGUCCAUACAAGGUUUGGUCAUACCUGAAAAUUACAUCCUUGUGUCUUUGGAUGUGGUUUCCCUAUUUACGAACGUACCAAAAGAUUUAGUUGUAGAGCUGACCAAGUCAAGAUGGAGUUAUAUAGCAGCCUACACUGACAUGACCAAGGAAAUGUUCAUUAGAGUAAUUGAAUUUAUAUUCCAGAGUAGUUACUUCUCAUUUAAUGACGAAAUUUACUCUCAAAACGAGGGUACUGCCAUGGGAAAUCCUGCCUCGGGUGGUUUCGCGUACCUGGUCAUGAACGAUUUGAUUAAGAAGUCUCUGAAAAGACUUUCUUUCCAUAUACCCUCACUCAAGCUUUACGUGGAUGAUACGUGGAUGGCUAUCCCAAAAAACGGUAUUGAUGAACUUCUCGCUGUCUUCAACGGUUACCAUAGUAAGCUAAAGUUCACAAUAGAAGUAGAGACGGACAGACAAAUUCCAUUUUUGGACGUUAUGGUCUACCACCAAGAUGACGGAACACUGAAGACCUGCUGGUAUAAAAAACCUAGUAGCUCUAAUCGAAUUUCAAAUUUUUCAUCCAACCAACAGUUUUCACAGAAGAUCGCAACUGUAAAUAACUUAAUUAUUAGAGCUAAUCAAUUGAGCCACAGCGAUUUCCAUGACGAUAAUAAAAGAAUAAUAAAAAACAUGUUAGUUGUCAACAACUAUCCAAGAGGACUUAUCAACGGUAUUUUUAACAGUUGUACUAACACCCACGAGAAUCGAGUAAACAGGACUGCUGAGAAAUUUUUCAGAUUCCCAUAUAUACCCGACCUAUCAGAGAAAAUGAACAGAUUGUUUAGAUCAAAAUUAUCGGUAAAACUUGCCUGUUAUAACUUAAAAACUGUUAAUUCUGUUUUCACUAAGCUCAAGGAUAAGACUAGCAGAUUGAAGUGUUCCUGUAUAGUUUAUAAGAUUAAUUGUAAAGAUUGUGAAAAGUGCUAUGUGGGCCAAACUAAACAGUAUAUUACUAACCGGCUGAAACAACACGAAUAUGACGGUCGUAAUGUUAAUAUGAACAAAAGGGAAAAAACAGCUUUAGCGGACCACCAUUUCGAAAAUGGCCAUAGCUUUGAUUUUGUUGACUUUAAGAUUUUGGAUGUGGAAAGGAACUAUUUGAUGAGAAACAUAAGCGUUUAUGUGGGACAAACACAACAGAAGUUAAAGGACAGACUGAAGGGACAUAAGUACUCAAAGGCGCCGAUAGCCCUAUACAAACACACCAUCGAAAACCAGCAUUCUUUUGACUUCGGGAAAACAGAAAUAUUGGAGAAAGAAAAAAAUCGAAAACCAAGGGAAUUCCUCGAAAUGAUUCAUAUCAAACAAGAUGUCAAUUUCAUCAAUGACAGAACAGACAUAAGAAACUUGAGUUGCAUAUACUCGACAAUCAUUGACAAUACCAAAAAGAAGAGAAGAACUUGA